AUGAAUAAUGACGAUGUGAUCUGGCAGAUUAUAAACCGAUCAUUUUGUUCGUUUAUGGUUAAAACCAAAACGGGGAACUUCUGUCGUAACGAAAACAAUGUGACCGGUUUGUGUAAUCGCCACUCCUGUCCCCUCGCCAACUCUCAGUAUGCAACAGUAAAAGAGAAAGAUGGUAUCAUCUUUCUCUUCCUAAAGGAGCCUGAACGCGUUCCAUAUCCUGGGAAGCAAUGGGAGAGGAUCAAACUAUCCCGAAACAAGAAACAAGCAUUAGAACAAAUCAAGAAACACAUGCUCUAUUGGGACAAUUGGAUAAUCAGUAGAGUGAAACAGAGAUUUUUCCGCAUUCGCGACAAUCUGAAAAACAUGCGUCGCCUUGCAUUAGCCAGACAGAAAAAACUGGAACCCGUUAAUCGAAAGAUAGAACGCCGCGAGCUUCGUCGAGAAGAGAAAGCAUUGCGCGUUGCUCGGGUAGAACGAACUGUAGAACAAGAACUGCUCGAACGGUUGCGUGCUUCAACUUCGUCGAAAGAAAUCUAUAAUAUUGAUCAGUCUGCAUUCGAGAAAGCCUUAGAAACUGAGGAAAUGGAAGAAGUGGAUGAGGAAUUCGAAGAAGAGUCAGAGGCUGAGGAAGAGGUUGAUGAAGAUGUUGUUUACACUUCAGAUUCUGAAGUUGAAGAUAUCGAGGAUCUUGUUGAGGUGGAGGAAGAAGAUGCAGAGGAACGGGAAGCAAAUCUUGUUUUAGCUGGACCUUCUAAGAAACGAAAAGUGACCAUAGCGUACGAAAAGGACGACUAA